GCCACGUGGCCUGAUGGUGACCCGAGGCAGACGUGUCUCGUGAGCACGAGAGGCCCCCCAAGUGCCUCGCGAGGGCCGUGGGGGCUUGAACUGGACGCGAAACGUUGGACGCGAUCGAUUAAAAGAUCGACGGAGGGCUGCACUGCGGUGUUGCUGUCAAUUCUCCCAAGUGUCCCCAGCCCUCUGCCAACACAAGUCCGCACCGGGCCUUUCAUUUGACCUUGCAGCAAUGGACAGCUGCUGUUGGGUUUUGUGGCCGCCAGCGUGAAUUGCACAGCGCAGCAACUUGUAAUCAUAGCGUGGGACGUGUGAACGCCGAGUUGUGCAGAGUAGAGACGCCGGGGGAAACGGACCGCGCUUGUGACCGCGAUGUCGGCGAUUCUCACCCCAACUUCUCAGCGCUGUCUUCGCGCUUUCUCCCGCCUCGUGAGCAAUCCCGCAGCGUGCAAGAUUCUGAAGCCGGGGCCGAGCCGACCCUUGAAAAGCGCCGUCUCUGCCGACCACCGGCACCACCACCACCACCACGAGCGCCGACCCGGUGUGGGCGUGAUGGUCGUGGUGCACAGCGCCCUGCGCCCCGGCUGUGUGCUGCUGGGACGCCGCAAGACCGGCCCUGGCGCCGGCCUCUACCAGCUGCCUGGCGGAUACCUGGAGUUUGGCGAGGAGUGGGAGGAGUGCGCGAGGCGGGAGGCGCUGGAGGAGACGGGACUGCGCGUGUGCGACGUGCGCUUCUCCACCGUCGUCAACUCCGUGCGCCGCGACGAGGGCAGCCACUUCGUCACUAUCUUCAUGCGGGCCGCCGUGGACCUCGCGUUCCGGCAGGAGCCACAGAACGUGGAGCCACACAAGAACGAGGCUUGGGUGUGGACGCCGUGGGAGGAGCUGCCUCCGCCAAGUCAACUUUUCUGGGCCCUGUCCGUUGCCAAGCGGCAGGGGUACCACCCGUUCCGGGACCCAGAGGCACCGGCUGGAACGUGACCGCGAGCCUGGGCCACGCUGAGAAUGGCGGUGGUUAUGAGUGGGGCCGCAUGCAUAAGAAGAAAACGGACUUCCCACCAAGCUGAGGCCAAAAUGCCAGGAUACCAGCGAGAUGAACACCGCCCAUAUAAAAUGCACUGUGAUAACGACACGCAGUAUACAAUGUAUUUUAAAUGCACUAGGAAUGCAUUCGCGAAGCGCACGUGUGUUAAAUACACUCGCGAGUAUGUUACACGAUUUAUGUAUAUUGAAAUCGUGAGAAUACAUUAUAGAGUGUGCGAGUGUACGUUAAGUGUAAUCGAAUAGCAUGUAUACAUUUUUUUGGUGGGGGAGGGGGGCGGGCUAAUUAUCUCUUGUAGAUAUUCUGCAUUCCCAUUCACGGAGCGCCGUUCAUGGCAACCCAAUGCUGAAUCAGGGUCUCGGGUUAUUUGGACAUACUUCGCCAUGCCGAUCAGUACGGAAGCUAUGAAGGGAGACAGCAUAGACCGGGGCGCAUAGCGUAUAGGACGAUAAAUUGAUUUUUCUGCACUGCUAUUUUCUGACCACCGUGGAUGGAGUGCCACAGCUUUUGGCAAUGGUUCUUACCUUUUACUGCAGCCUUGCACCUCUUUGGUUCUCAAUCGUA